UAUUUUUUUUACAACUGCGAUGGGUCUCAGUAAUAGCAAGAAAAAGCCAGAGGCUAGCAUCGCGCCAGUGAACGCGACGCAGUCGGAAACCAACGUCACAACAGUUCCAAAGGCACCUCCAGUGGCUGUCAAUGCGACGCCCGUUCCCAAUUGGAUUAAUGAAUCGCAAUUUGUGGAAAUACUCACCCAAAAUGUACCCCACUUCUCAGAGAUUCGCAGCUUUAAUGCGGAAGCCGCCAUGGGAGCUGGAGAGAACUACGCGACCCUCAUGCUGAGAGUAAAAAUUGAGGCAGAGUUGAAAGAUAAGACGAUAAAACCAGUUUCAUUUAUGAUGAAAGUAGCACAUGACACUGCACAAAUGCAAGAAAUGCUGAAAGUGGCCAAUUUCUUCGAUGUUGAGAAUGAGGUCUACAUAGAUUUGAUACCGAAAUUCGAGGAGCUUUACAAGUCCAAGGGUUUAAAUCUAACCCUUGCACCCCGCGCCUACAGAUUUAAUGAAGGUCUCAAAACCGAGCCCAAACUUAAAAACACCGUUCUCAUGUACGAUCUGGGUCAGGAUGGUUAUAAGAAUGUGAGUCGCGUAAAGGGCCUCAACGUUCAACAGGCCGAGCUGGUGCUCCGAAAACUUGCUCAAUAUCACGCCGCGAGCGCUGCCUACAAAAGCAUUCAUGGACCAUACACAGAUAGUAUUAUGUAUGGCAUGUUUGGAGCAGAUGUUGAAAAGGCCAUGGACAUGUUGAACACUAUGUUUGCAUCUACGCAGAAGGUUUUCCUUGAGAAUGUAAAGAACUAUAGAGACGGCUAUAAAUAUCAUAAGAAAUUGAAAACGUAUUUUGAGAAAAUGCGUGAUAAUUUUAUAUCUCUGGGAAUGGCAAAACCGGAUGAGUUUAAUGUCAUCAACCAUGGAGACUGUUGGGUCAACAAUUUACUUUUCAAGUUCGAUCAGUCUGGAAAUCUGAUGGAUAUGCUUUUUGUGGAUUUCCAGAAUCCCAGAUAUGCCCACCCUGCCACAGAUCUUCUAUAUUUUAUUAUGACCUCAGUGGACAUAAGUUACAAGCUAACUUACUUUGACUAUUUCAUCAAAUACUAUCACGAUCAGCUGGUUGAGCAUCUCAAGCUGCUUGACUACAAGGAGCGUGUGCCCAAGUUGGUGGAGCUGCAAAUAGAGACCUAUAAAUAUGGCAGCUGGGCCAUCAUGCCCUGUUAUAUGGUGCUGCCUGUGGUGCUCCUCGACCCGACGGAGUCGGCCACGUUUGAGAACUUCCUCGGAGAUACCGAAGCGGCAGUAGACUUCAAGCAAAAAAUGUACACGAACAAGCGAUACCAGCAUUGCAUGGAGCAGAUUCUGCAAUGGCUGGACAAUCGGGGUUUAUUGGAGAUCUAGGCCCUGCCAGUCGCUGCUGCACCUUCAAUCGGCCCGGUUGAACAAACCAAAUCCCAAAGCGAUUUGGAUCUGGAUUGGUUAAAUAGUCAAGAUUUUGCUGAGCUAAUUGUAGCUCAAGAGCCCCAAUUCGAAAAGAUUGUUGGAGGAGCCUCGACAACAGCAACCAAGCCCGGGGACAAUUAUGGCGACACACUGCUCAAAGUGAAUAUAGAAGUACAGCUGAAAGACAAAAGUACAAAGAACUAUGAUUUUGUGCUGAAAGUGCAGGCGGAUAGUAGUAUCGCCAACUAUUUUCCUAAGGAGUUGGAGGUAUAUGGAAAAUACGUGCCAGCCUUUGAGCAGCUAUACACGGAAGCAGGGUACUCGAUUCGGCUUAGUCCCAGGAGCUACAGAUUCAACAAGGCAAUCAAGCACAACUAUUUGCUAAUGGAGGAUCUUCGGAGAAUUGACUUUGAGAUGGCGGAUCGCAGACAAGGCCUUGACUUGGACCAUACCAAGUCUGUACUAAAGAAGAUUGCUCAGUGGCAUGCAGCCUCACUUAAAUACAAGGAGCUGAAUGGACCCUAUCCAUCCAAAUACAAUGAUGGAAAGAUUUGCGAAAACUCACGGCAAUUUUUCCAAAAACUCUACGAAUCCAUCGGAGAGGGUUUUGUUAGAAUGAAACAUAACUUCAAGGGCGUUGAGGAAUAUGCCCAUAAGUUGGAUGCCUACUGCAAAGUCUAUAUUGACAGAUGCAUAGAAGAUGCGAAGGUUGAUGAACUGGAGUUUAAUGUGUUAAAUCAUGGAGAUUUGUGGAUAAACAAUGUGAUGUUCCAGCACGAUCAGGAGGGCAGAGUGAAAGAGGUCUAUUUGAUAGAUCAUCAAGCGACAAAAUAUGGCAAUCCAGCACAAGAUCUUUACUUUUUCUUAAUGACUUCGCCAGAAUUGAAUUUGAAAAUCGAACAAUUCGACUAUCUAAUCAGAUAUUAUCAUGAGAAUUUAAUAGAGAACGUUCAAUUACUCAAAUAUACGGGAUUUGUUCCCAACUUGAAGGAAUUGCAAAUAAUUUUACAUAAACAUCCCAUACAUGCUGCUGGCACUGUGAUUGGCCCCUUAUCUCUAUGUCUGAGGGAUCCCAUUGAGGAACUAGAUACCGAUCUACUUGACAAAGACGGCUCAGCAACCGAUGCAAUAUGUGAUCAGCUAUAUAGCAGCGAAGCCUACAAGAAGCAGUUUGAACUCCUGAUGCCGUGGAUAAACAGGCGCGGUCUUUUGGAUAUAUAAGUUUAAUCAACUGUAAAUUUUAUUGCCUUUGGUUUCGAACAAGCA